CCUUACUGAAUAAGUAAAAUUUCAACUACGAGACUUGUUAAUAAUAAAGUUUAUAAUCACAUAAAUAUUGUACCAAAAAAUUGUCUACUAACAUAUAUUAUAUAGUACAAUUGACCCGGUGUCGAUCAGAAGGUUAUGAAAGUACUUUAUCGUGAAUGAAUAUUGAUAGUGGAGAGAAAUGUGAAAUAUAUAAUUGUGUAUGAUUAUAUAUACAUCAUUAGACAUUAAUUAUUCAACUGGUAGAAAUAAAUAUUUCAUAGUAACAUAUUGACUGAGUUUAUAUGUAACGUUUUUUCUGUAAAAAUCUUUAUGCAUUACACGAUAUCGUACAACGAAGAUACGCGUCAUGUCUAAAUAGAGUGCACGCACACUCGUUUAAAAUGUGAGCAUACAUUUCCAGAACUUUUAGCCGGCUCCCACGUUGGAGCUUCCCUUCUGGACCAUUGACCAGAGUUGCUUACGAUAGUCAAAUGUUACGACCCACGCGAUCAUUUAUGCUUCGUGGCGACCCUGUGUCAGAAACGAGUCAUACGUGUUUUAUUCGUUUCUUCUCAAACUGAUAUUUCCAUCGAUCUGUGUGUGAAAUAUUUUUUGAGUGAGAAGUAGUGUUCAUCUACCGUUCUUGUGACUAUAAGGCGCGAAAACUAUGCAGGAUUGUAAAAUCUGUGCCUAGCAGACUCGCCUACAGCAGACUGAACUACGAUUUUAUGGUGAAAUACUUUGUGAUAUUUUAUGACCAUAACAAUUUUGGGUAUUUCGUAAGUGAAAUCAAGCUAGUGAUUUUCAACUAUUCUAAAAUACCGGCGCAAUUAUAACAAUUUGAAUAAAUUGUAGUAUCGGUGUCUCGUGAGAGGAAAUACUAUUCCAUAGUUAACGAACAACGUAUUUCGAAAUCGCAAUUAACCGAGGAACUGCUUAUCAAUCAGAUACAACUAUUCUAUCAUUUUUUUUUUAUUCUAACGCGUUGAAUUAUUUUUGUCGAUCGUUACCAUCGCUUGGUCAAGAUGCUCCCUCUCUUUGCAUUAUGCAUGUGUCUCUAUCUGGUUCACAAUGCUGGUACUUCGACACUGACUACACCCCCGCAAUCAGCAGUGGUAGUCGCCUUUGAAGAUGUCUACGAUUUAUCCUUGUUAGCGAAUACUUUGUCGGAUCAAGGGAUUGAUGCUACUUUGAUAAUACCAGAUUCGUAUGAGAAUGAACUUUAUGAGACACUGAUCGAUGUUGAGGUGUUAACGGUGAAACUUAAAACUGAAGAAUCCACGUCUGCAGAGAAACGGGCAGUUCAAGCCUGUGAAGCGCUCUUGACGGAUGAAGGUAUUGCGAAGAAAAUACAGGAGAUUCAGCCUACCUUCACCAUAUUCCCUGCACUCAGACACGAUGGUUGUCUGUUACCCUGGGCAAAAACCAUCGAGUCCAUUCCAGCCGUAUGGACCCGUAAUCGGGACGAGGAGCUGUACGUAUUUGAAUACACGAAUGCUGCUUGGCCGGUUCAGAGUGCAGGACUGUGGACACGUCUAUGGACGAGUUUCUCGAGGAGGACAAAAUUCUCGACGACCCGGGACGAGUACGUGGCGUAUGCUCUCCGGAUAGCGGGGAAAUACUUGCCAGACACUGGUCUCAAUUUAGACAAUCUUUAUACCGACCUUCGCCUGAUACUUUGGGGAUCGGAUGUUGUCUUACGUUCGGAUUUCGUGCCCCUCACGCAGCUUAUAGUUGAAGUCGGCUGCCACCACUGCAGAGGAGCCCAUCCCUUACAAGGAGACCUGCACAAGUCACUACUCGAAUUUAGAUUUGGAACCGUAGUGGUACUUCUGGACGAGAAUUACCAUACCUUGAUCAAGGAAUUGGCCGAAAAAUUGCCGCAGGGAAGGGAUGGUCAAGCGUUGGUUUGGAAGAACAUGAAAUGGCAGAGCUCGAGCAGCGCUAUGCCGGAUAAUCUUUUCAUUCAGUCGGGAAUUGAUCGGCAAGACCUAAUAGGUUACAGUCGUACACGAGUGAUGCUGAGUCACUGUGCUGAUUCAGAGUUGCUAGAAGCUGCCUUCCACGGAACUCCAGUGAUAUGCUUCCCUAGGAACUCUCAGGAAUCUCAGAAUGCGGCCAGAGCGGUUCAGCUGGGUUUCGCUCGGUCCACGGAAGACAUUCGUGCGGUGUCCAGCGAAGAAAUAGCCAACACCGUGAACCAGAUUCACGAGACUAUGGAUUACCGCGAGAAUGCUCGCAAGGUUUCUCUGGCUAUACGUGAUAGAAUAAAUCCUGCGGUGGAUAGGCUGAUCUAUUGGUUGCGUUACAUGGCGAGAACCAGAGACUGGAACAUUGACUUCCUAGCUGCUGAUCCUUCGGUGAAAACUUUCAACGAGGAUCUUCAGUUCUUCCUUGGCUUGUUCGUAGGCAUAAUUAUAAUAGGGAUAUCCUCCACUGCCGGUUGCUUGCUGACAAGAUAUCUAGUCGUAUCCAAGAGGACGCAGAGGUCAAAGGGAAGGUACGCCCGGUAGAGAUGAUGAUAGGUGAACUGGAAUCGAUAGGAUGGUUAAUUACGGACACUUUUCGCAUAUGUAUUUAUAUAAAUGCACGUAGAGUACAGGUACAUACAAAUACAAAUGUUACGAGCUAGGGUUUAUCUCAUUGCUAAUGAAGAGACGUAUCUAUUACGAGAAUACUUGAUCAAUAAGAUUGAUUCACUGAUUGACUCAUUGAUUGAUUGAUUGAUUGGAAAAGCUAGAAAGUACGAUGUAAACAUGUUUAUCAUAAGAAGGGAGGAAAAAAAAUAAAUUACAAUUUGUAAUACUG